AUGGCUACUGUCAGUACUGCUUUGAAAUCCAGAGUUCGCCGCCCUCAACUCUUGAAGAAGGUCAUGAAGGCCGAAGAAACCCUCCAAUACUUUAGAGGUGGACAAUACCUCGGUUGGUCUGGUUUUACUGGUGUUGGUUACCCCAAGAUGGUUCCUCUUGCUUUGGCUGACCAUGUUGAAAAGAACAACCUCCAAGGUAAAAUGAAGUUCAACCUUUUUGUUGGUGCUUCUGCUGGUGCUGAAUGUGAAGAUAAGUGGGCUCAACUUGACAUGAUUGACCGUCGCUAUCCUCACCAAGUUGGUAAGAACAUCAAGAAGGGUAUCAAUGAAGGCCGUAUUCGUUUUGCCGAUAAGCAUCUUUCCAUGUUCCCUCAAGAUCUUGUCUACGGUUACUACACUAAAGAUAAGCCCGAUCACAAAAAGCUCGACAUUGUUGUUGUUGAAGCUACUGCCAUUACCGAAGAUGGUUGGAUUGUUCCCGGUGCCUCCGUUGGUGCCACCCCUGAAUUGAUCCAAAUGGCUGACAAGAUCAUCAUUGAAGUCAACACUCGUAUUCCCUCUUUUGAAGGUCUUCACGAUAUUAGCAUGUGUGACCUCCCUCCUAACCGUAAGCCCUAUCUGAUUAUGAACACCGAGGACAGAAUCGGAACAACUGCUAUUCCUAUUGACACUGACAAGAUCCUUGCCAUUGUUGAAAGUGAUCGUCCUGAUAUGACUGGUGGUAACACACCUGCUGAUGACAAGUCUGAAGCCAUUGCCAACCAUCUUAUUGAAUUUUUUGAACACGAAGUCAAGCACGGUCGUCUCCCUGCUAACUUGUUGCCUCUUCAAUCUGGUAUUGGUAACAUUGCUAAUGCUGUUAUUGGUGGUUUAGCCAAGUCACGCUUCCAAAAUGUCACAGUGUUCACUGAAGUUUUGCAAGACACUUUCCUUGAAUUCUUCGAUUCCGAAAAGCUCAAGUUUGCCAGCGCUACCUCAAUCCGUUUCUCCCCUGAAGGUUUUGAUCGUUUCUACAACAACUGGGAAAAGUACAAGGACAGACUCUUGUUGCGUUCUCAACAAGUUUCCAACUCUCCUGAAGUCAUCCGUCGUCUCGGCUGUAUCGCCAUGAACACUCCUGUUGAAUUUGACAUGUACGGCCAUGCCAAUUCUACUCUUGUAUGUGGUUCAGGUAUGUUGAACGGUUUGGGUGGUUCUGGCGAUUUCUUGCGUAACAGUAAGAUCAGUAUCAUGCACUCUCCUUCUAGUCGUCCUUCCAAGAAGGAUGCCAACGGUGUCUCUUGUGUUGUUCCUAUGGUUUCUCACGUUGAUCAAACUGAACACGAUCUUGAUAUCUUUGUCACUGAACAAGGUUUGGCCGAUCUCCGUGGCUUGAGUCCUCGUGAACGUGCCCAAGUUAUCAUUGACAAGUGUGCUCACCCCGAAUACAAGCCUCAACUUCAAGAUUACUUUGACAUGGCUACCAAGAAGUGUCUUGCUGCUGGCAGAGGUCAUGAACCUCAAAUGCUUGACAAGGUCUUCAAGAUGCACACUAACUUGUUGGAAAACGGUACCAUGAAGCUUGACUCAUGGUAA